GCAGGCGUGUAAGCAUGGACCAAUCACGUACAAAGAAGGUCUUCGAUGGACCUCGGAUGACGCCACGGUAUCGAUCCAGAGCAGCGACGUUCUCUUCAGCCUUCUCUGCCGUACCCGACCUGACCUAUCCACGACAAGGCCGGUGGUGUUACGUAUACGGCAACGACGAAGUCAAAAGCUGCCCGCGCCUCCCAGACCCGUCGAAUCUUUUUUAUAUACAGCCCCGACAUCCGACACGCUGGCGGGUAUUCUGUGGACGCACUCAGCGGCUCGGUCAACAGACGCCGCGACCCCAGCAAAGGCUGCAGAGCUCCCAGGCCCUGACGUGAUGAGCCAGCCUCCUGCGCCGUCACCGCUCAAUCCGCAGCUUUGCUUCUCGAUAGCGACUUUGCGAGAUUUUCUGCGCCUGUCGCGCAGCUCGAUCGACGACACUAUAACCCAGAACCUAAAUGCUUUAGAGGCUCCCGCCAGGGCAGGAUUCGACCCGACAUCGACGUCGCGUCUCGGCCCACGGCCCCUGUCCCAUCAGAUCGAUGCGGCAACCUGCAAAACUUUCCAGGAUAAAGUGCUUUUCCCGUCGUGGCAGGUCCGCUCCGAUGUUCUCAGUUACUGCUCGUUAGUCGCCACGAGCCCGGACCCUGACGACCCCGAAAGAGCCUUGAGGGAGGCGGAAACAGAGAAAAACCGGGAGCGGGUUGUCGAUGAGAGACUAGACCCAUACUCAGCACGCUUCUUCCCGCGGGAAGCUCGAACAGAGCAGUUGGCCUUUGUUCUCCGACAGGAGAUGGGCAUAGAAAACAUAGUCCGGUCUAGAACCUGGGACAUAGUUCGCCGAAGAUGCGGCCAGUCGACCCAUGAGACGUGGGAACAGGCGUUGGCGGAUUGGCGGAGAUCUAGAGAAGCAUCUGACGCAAAUCGAUGAAGCCGGCGUGUGCCGGCGUAGCGAUAUGAAAGUCGGAGAUUCAUUUGUCUUGUAUGUAUAGUAUGUACUAGUACUACGAGUACAUGCAUAGGUAUAUGUGCCCCCAGGGCUAUUGUAAAACUACGAACGUGAGCCCGCAAAUAACAGUACUACAUUUUAUGCCAA